AUGGACCGUAUUAGUCAACUUUCGGAUGAUUUGCUCUUGCAAAUAUUGUCGUUUAUUCCGGGAAAAGAUGUUGUGGCCACAAGUCUUUUGUCCAAAAGGUGGCAGUCUCUUUGGAUGUUAGUUUCGGAACUUGAGUACGAUGAUAGCUACCACACUGGUGAUUAUAAGAGCUUCUCUCAGUUUGUUUACAGGUCUUUGCUAUCAAACAAUGCACCUGUUAUAAAACAUUUGCAUCUGAAUCUUGGCCCUGACUGUCCCGCUAUAGAUAUUGGACUAUGGAUUGGUUUUGCUCUUACUCGCCGUCUGCGCCAGCUGAAAAUUAAUAUUCGUACUUCUUCCAACGAUGCGUCUUUCAGUUUGCCGAGUAGCCUAUAUACCUCUGAUACAUUAGAGACCUUGAGACUCAUCAAUUUCGUUCUAUUGGAUGUUCCUUCUUCAGUUUGUCUCCCGUCUCUCAAAGUUCUACACCUUAAGACUGUUGAUUACGAAGACGACGCAUCUCUUCCAAGUCUUUUAUUUGGUUGUCCAAAUCUUGAAGAGUUGUUUGUGGAGCGACAUGAUCAAGACUUAGAAAUGGAUGUCACUUUCGUGGUGCCUUCCUUACGACGGUUAUCCAUGAUCGACAAAAAUUAUGGACAAUGUGAUCGAUAUGUGAUAGAUGUCCCUUCUUUGAAGUACCUUAACAUUACAGAUGACGCAGUUUACGACGUCCGUCAAAUUGAGAACAUGCCUGAGUUGGUCGAGGCACAUGUUGACAUUACUCAAGGAGUUACUCACAAGUUUCUGAGGGCUCUUACUUCUGUCCGACAACUUUCUCUAUGUUUAUCACUCUCAGAGGUUAUGUGUCCUUCUGGUAUAAUCUUCAGUCAGCUUGUUCAUCUGAACUUGUCUACAGUUGUUAAAGGUUGGUGGGAUCUUCUUACUUCUAUGCUCCAAGAUUCCCCCAAACUCCAAUCUCUCAAACUCAUCGAUAAACAACAUGAGUCGGGUCUUUGUGGGAUAGAAACCCCAAUUGGUUGGAAGCUGCCGAGUUCUGUUCCCGAGUGUUUGUUGUUUAGUCUAGAGGCAUUUGAGUGGAUUGGAUACAAAGGGAGGCGAGGAGAUAGAGAGGUGGCAACAUAUGUCCUAAAGAAUGCUGCUUGUUUGAGGACAGCAAAGUUCUCUCCAGAGUCUACUGAUGUGGGAGAGAAGUAUCAUAUGCUCAAGGAGUUGGCAUCAGUACCUACAGCUUCAACUUCGUCUAAGCUUCUAUUCGACUGAGAAUAGUAAUAUUUAGGUUUCUUGGUAUCUC